AUGCCUCUACCUCUGAGCCCGCGGGAGGUGCUCCGGGAGCACUGCCGAGCCGUCCCUUUCACGCAGGUGCUGUCCCGGCCCGGCUGCGCGCCCGUCCGCGUCCGCAACCGUCUCUGCUUCGGCCGCUGCGCGUCGCUCUACGUGCCCGGCCCGGGCCCCGCGCCCCGCGCGCUCUGCAGCCGCUGCCGCCCCGCGCGCCAACGCCGCGCCCCGCUCGUGCUGCGCUGCGGGACGGGCUCCCCGGGCUCCCGCCGGCGAGUGAAAACGCACGUCGUGCUGGUGCAGGGGUGUCGCUGCGCCCCCAGCGCCUGAGCCGAGACGAGACACGCCCCGUGCACGCCCCGA